AUGGGAGGGAACAACGUAGAAAAACAGACAUCUCCAAAAGAAGAGGCUUCCAUGCUUCAUCUCUCUGCUGUGAAACUAGCAGAAUUGCACAGCGAUCUGAAAAUACAAGAAAAGGAUGAGCUAAGCUGGAAAAAACUGAAGGCUGAAGGGCUGGAUGAAGAUGGAGAGAAAGAAGCCAAGCUUAGACGCAACUUAAAUGUCAUUAUGACUAAAUACGGAAUGAACAGAAAGAAAGACUCUCACUUAACUGAUACUAACUACAUUAAAGAUGGUACAGAGAGUGAUACACUGGAUGACCCAAGACUGGAAAAAUUAUGGAGCAAGGCCAAGACCUCUGGGAAGUUCUCAGAUGAGGAACUGGAUAAGCUUUGGCGAGAAUUUAAACACCACAAAGAAAAGAUUCGUGAAUACAAUAUUCUGCUUGAGACCGUGAGCAGAACUGAAGAUAUUCACAAAAAUGUAAUCAACCCAUCUGAAGAGAACCUGGUGAAAGAGGAAGUCUUGCACAACAAGCACAGAGAACUUAAAGACAAGCUAAGAAGCAUCAACCAGGGGUUUGAGCGUUUGCGUAAAGUCAGUCACCAAGGAUAUGAUGCAACCAGUGGUACGAUUCACUGGUAUUUUUUAAUGCUUAUUUGCUAUCAAUUUUAUUAAACAAAAAUCAGUGAG